AUGGCUGAGACUUUGGAGCCAUCGUUGCUGAAUGAUAAUCUUCUGGCCUCGAUAUCCGGGCCUAAACGACAUGCAGCCUGCGACGAGUGCAGGAAACGAAAGCUCAAGUGCUCGGGCGAACUGACAGGGUGUACUCGCUGCUUAAAACAGUCUAUAACAUGUCACUACUCCGUACAGAAGCAAAUGGGUCGACCACCCAAGAAGAGAGCCCGAGCUGAUGACGAUACGUCCGACUACCUCACGCAAGGCAAUAACAUUUGGCCCAGUCCUGAGGAAACCCCACCGAAUUUUUCUUCUCAAAACCAAGAUCAAUCUAUAAUACCAGAUAGGGCGCAACUCUGUCCGCAACUCUAUUGGCAAGGUUUGCCAAUCGCGAACCCUACGAAUGAUCUACUUGCCGGAGACGAAGAACACAACCAUACCUGGCGGCCAGAACGUCUCAAAAAUCCAAACCUCCCUAUUCCACCAUCUGAAAGUCCUUGGCCGGACUUCGCGACUGUCACAGAAGCAACAGCUAGCCUGUUUCCCUCUCAACCAAGCCUCCAAGACGUUCAUUCCCUUCCUCUCACACCUCCCAUGUCCAGUCCUUCCGACGCCGCCACGUCCCAAUGCACCUGCUUGUCAUAUCUAUACCUCUGUCUCAGCCAUAUAUCCUCCAUCGCCUCCUUCCCCGUCAACUCUCACACUCUCUGCUCCUUAUACAUCGCAGCGCGAACCGCGCAAAGCGUCAUCCGCUGCCAAGCUUGUCCGAAAGUCUUCGCCACGGGUGUCCAGAAUGUCAUGUUCACCGGUACUCUUCUGACCGUUGUCGCGGACGCCUGGCUGCGCGUGUAUAAUAGCGAUCCCGCAGAGCUGGGCAUUCAAUCCGCAUCGCCUGAGUAUGUCUCGCAGGUGCUGCAGAGUGAAGACCCGGGGCAGGCCUGGGCUUCCUGGCUGCGUCAGAUCGUUCGCCGAGCUGUUAUCGGCGGUGGUCUUGCACCCGAGGCCGCCAUUAGGUGCUCUGAUCAGCCGGACUUGCUGUCGCUUAUUACGGAAGUUGAGAAUCGUCAACGCCGCUGGCAUCAACCGGGAGGGCACCCGUUCACGGGGUCCAAUCUUUUAAAUCCCUUGGCUCCUGGUGGUCCGCUUGCGUCCCAGAGCGAGGAUCAGUGUCAACAAGAUGAAAAGGAGCUCUUGUGUCUGAAGGUUGUUGGAAGUGCGAGGUCUGUCAUUGCCAAGUUUAACUUUGAUCCCUCGGAGUUUCCUGGUGGCAUUGUUCCUGAUGACUUGACGCCUGAAUCUGUUUAA